GGAAAACGAUUGGGUUAUUUAAAGCUUCCUCUGAAACAUAAGAAAAUUUUUGCUCCGCUGAAAACUUGUUAGACAGCUACCAGUUUGCCUAAAGCGCUUAACAAUUUCUUAGUAAGAGCUGCCUGUACCGAGUCCCAAGCAUUUUUUACGAAGAGAAUGAAAUUCAAAUAGUUUUCCAUAGGCAAUAAAUAAGUAUAUAAACAAAUUGUUGGUUUAUUUCUACACAGAACCAUCAUACCGUCCUCAAAACAAAAGUCACAGCUAUGGCUAAGUCAACAGCUUUAAUAUUUUUAUGCGUUUUUGUAACAGUGCAGCUCAUCACAGCUUACCCUCAAAGAGACGUCACAAUCGCUGAAGUAGAGGAGGUGCCGAAAAGGGUAGAACCAAACUUCCCUCUGUUAAAGAGAACAUUACUUUUCGCUGCAUUAGAUGCUAUGGAUUCCUACCUAGAAACAUUUAUAACACAAACAGCGAACUUCGUUGACGGCCUACUUGGAGACUUGCAGGCACUUCCUGAUAAAACUGACUAUAUACAAACGCUCAUAACAGAAUUAGCGGAUCUCUUAAAACGCCUAACGGAUUCAACAUCGAGUGAUAAAACUCCAUUAAUCGCAGACGUACAAAAAAUGUACAGUAAUUUUGAGAUAAUAUUGAGCAACAAUAAUAACAACAUUUCGACAGAGUUGUUGAGAAGUGUUUUAGAAAAACAGCCAUCGGGUGAACUGACUUUAGCUGUUGAAAAGGCAAUGUUGAAUUCUGCGCAAAAAUUCUCGGCACUCUUUGAGUCAUACUGGAAUAUAUUGAGUGAGACACAGAAAAAGGAUCAUCACGAGUUCAGUGAGUGGUUUGAGGAAUUCCAGGCGGCAAAAACUGAUACCGAAAAAUUAGAUGGUUUGAACAAAUUUCUAGAAAUUGCUUUGGAUCAUUCUAAAGAAAAUGAAAGUUAAAAAUAGCAGAAUUUGAGAAAUAUCUAAUUGUCUUUAUUAACGAGAACUUAAUUUCUCUCAUAUUAUUAUGCAAAUUGGACUAUAUUACUAUGCAGCUGAUUAAAGCUUUUAAACCAGAGAACUGCAAAUAUAAGACCUUUAUUUAAAAAAAACAUAAUAACAUGCUUCCAACAAAGUUUUAAAAAGAGUCUAUAAUAUGCGAUAUAUUUUUUUAAUUAAUGUAGUUUUGAUUACCUACAUAAUUACCCCGUAACCGGCUCACUGAAUUUAUCUAAAAAUAAGGGGUGAAAUUUAUUCUUAAGGAAAGUCAGAUUUAAGAAAUUUCCGAAAUUUAUAUUAAGUUGCCCCAAAAGAAGCCGGUGACUUUUUAAAAUAA